CGGACUCGAGCAAAUAUUGAGUCUGGUACAGGUUGAACACAUUCUUCAGAGCUGACCACAGUGAGACGGCCAUUUUGAGAGACGAACCGCAAUCAUGAAACUUUCUCUGUUUCUUGCCUCCACGCUUUUGGCUCUUUUAGCGUUAGAGCAGGUGGAUGCUCAUGAUGCCAAUGAUGCCAAUGAGACAGACAAGAUACCACCCGGAGUGAAGUUUGUGAGAGAAAAAAUUCCCAAGAACCGAAGACUAAAGUACAUGAAGAAGGAAAAUCCCGCAGAAAUGAGAAAGAUGAUGAAGGAAAAAGGAUUGAUAGACAUCUCCGAGGAGAAAGGUUUAGUGCGGCUGAUCACUGCUAAGGAUGGUUCUAACGUUCCCAACCAGUAUAUUGCCCAUCUUAAGCCUUGUGGAAAGUAUGGAAAAAUUCGCAAAAUCUUGAAAGGAAGAGGUUCCCAACAAAGAGUGAAGUUCAACAACAAAGAUAGUUACGUCAUACUUAGGAAUAUAAGUGCUAGUGACCUCCAAAAGCUUCGCCAACUUACUGACGUCUUUGUGGAGAUCGAACAAGAUAAAAAAAUGUCGCUUGGUCGAAGUCACUGUGAAGGGUAUUUCAGGGCUGACAAAACAUGGAAUUUAGACAGAAUCGACUAUUAUUAUUGGGAUGAUGACCGUUUUGCUACCUGGGCGCUCGGUUUUGGAAUAGACGCAUACGUCAUGGACACUGGAAUUAACCCUUAUCACAGUGACUUCGGAGGAAGAGUGUCAUCAGGCUGGCAUGCUAGUCGUUUUUCCAAUAGUAGAGACUACGAUGGUCAUGGUACCCAUGUGGCCAGUACCUUGGGAGGUAAAACCUAUGGAGUAGCCAAGGAGGUGAACAUCAUCCCCGUCAAGGUAUGCGUUGAUCAUACAACUUGCUAUUAUUCGGACAUCGUGGAAGGACUUUACUGGAUAAAGUCACAGGUUCAACGAUACAAGCGUCUAUCAGUAGUUAAUAUGUCACUCGGUGGUUCGUAUACAUCCUAUAUAAAUAACGCUGUAUACGCAGUAUUGAAUGCAGGCAUCCCAGUGGUAGUCAGCGCUGGAAAUGACGACCAGGAAAAUGCAUGUUAUAAAUCCCCGGCAAGCGUAAGGUGGGCCCUCACAGUUGGCGCCACCGAUGAAGAUGAUUACGUGGCUUCAUUUAGUAACAUCGGGCAUUGCGUCGACAUUUACGCUCCAGGGACGAAAAUAAGAGCAGCCUACUAUGCGAACAACUACGGAACAACUGUGUAUCAGGGGACAUCAAUGGCGUCCCCUCUUGUUGCAGGUGCAGUCGCAGGAAUGGUGCAGGUUUUCCGCGACGCUGGGUACUAUAGAGUCCCGACGGUAAGCCUUGUUGAUGACAUCAACUAUUAUAUCAUCAAGUUUGCAGAGAAGGGCACAGUGAGGGGACUCCCGUCAACAAACAACAACAAUGUUAUGCUUCAGACCAUGUGCCUUACUACCUGA